AUGUUAAGUAGCUGUGGCUACAUGCAGUGGCAGAGGGUGAAUGGCCCUGCAGGAGGGAUUAGGGAUUGGUUGGGUGUUGAUUACAUUCAGCAUCUAACAGGCUGUGAUAAACCCUGUUCCUUGUGUUUUCAGAGGCUGCACAGUGGAGUUCUCAGGGAUCUUGAGCGUCAAAAUCAGAAAAAGGAGAACAUUCGCAUGCUAGAAGAGCAAAUUGCUUUGACAAAACAGCUUAUGGAAGAAAGAGACAAAGAGCUAAUGGAAAAAGGGUCCCAGCAGUCCUAGUCACGGUCCUGAGUCCUUAGAGG